CAGAAUCCGAGUAGUUCGGAAAGGAAGUUGUCACGGUAACCCGGAUGUACACAAAACCACGUGACGGUUCUUUCUUCGCACGUGUAGGAGAGCGAGAAAAAUCGGUUCCAAACAUGUUUGCUGAAGAGGAAUGGACUGAUUCUCCAUUACCAGAUGGAUCUUCUCGCUCUGUUAAGAUGUCUCCUGGCUCUGGCAAGGAUAAGGUUGUGGGUAAACGAAGUCUUUUGAGAACCUUGCAAACACUGGGUUCAGUUCCAGACUGGGGAGCUGGGAAUGUGUUCGAGGAUAGUGAAGAGGAGAAAGACACCUCCACUACAGUCAAGACAGCAAAAAAGAAAAGGUGCAAAAAGCGUAAAAGAGCGUCUAAUGCUGAAAAUGAAGCGAAGCAGCAGGAUAAAGGGGAUUCUUCUGAACCACCUGUGAACAAGAAGAAGAAGACCGUAAAGAAGACCAUUAAAGAAACAAAUUCUAAGGUGUCACAAGAGUCCAGAAAAGAUAAGAUUGACAAAGGAGUCGGACCUCAAUUGGAGAAAAAUGAAAGUCAAGCAGACAACAAGCUAAGCAGAAAGCAGUGGAAGAACAAGAUGAAAAACAAAAGAAGGUCCAAGAACAAAUAUCUUCCAAAAACGACAGGUGUUGAUCAUGCCAUUGCAAAUGAGGAACCAUUAGUUCAAACACAGGAUGUCAAAGAAUCCAAGAAAGUGGAGAAACAUGACAAGGCAUCCAAAAAAACGAAGAAAGCUCAUAAAAAGAAUGGUGUUUCUUCCAUCACGGACAAUGCUCGAAAUUGCAAAGAGUUUAAAACAGAUGAAAGGCCUAGCACAGGAACUAGAAUAGUAGAUGACUCCCUAAGUAACAACACAGUCUCACUUAAAGUGGAAGAGAAAGGGAAACCUUCAAAAAUGAUGAAUAAAUCGCAGGCAGAAAAAUUGCGUCGCAUUUUAAAGUCGCAGCUUCCUGAUGACAGCAAUAAAGCCUCAGAGGAACUAGAAGAACCCAAAGGUACAACAGUAAGCUUGAAGGGCGAUGAAGAGCAAGUGGCUCCUGACCCCUCGACUGCUUUAAGGACAAAGAUGGAGAAGCAGUUAGAAGCCGCUAGAUUCCGCUACAUCAAUGAGCAGCUUUACACGUCCACCAGCGGUGAGGCCAUACGCAUGUUUCAGCAGGACCCAGAGGCCAUUGCAAUUUACCACAAGGGCUACACGGCACAAGUUCAGCACUGGCCUACAAACCCUGUGGAUUCAAUCAUUUCCUAUAUUUGUAAAAAACCAGCUUCUUUAGUUGUUGCUGACUUCGGCUGUGGAGACUGUAAAAUUGCUCGGAGUGUAAAGAAUAAAGUACAUUCUUUUGAUUUGGCUCCGGUUUGUGAUCUUGCCACUAAAUGUGACAUGGCAAAAGUGCCGCUUCGUGAUUCUACUGUAGAUAUUGCUGUUUUCUGUCUUUCUUUGAUGGGGACAAAUCUCGGAGACUUUUUGGCAGAAGCAAACAGAGUCCUGGUGAUGGGGGGUGUUCUCAAAAUUGCUGAAGUGGCCAGCAGAUUUGAAAAUGAGCGUUCGUUUUUUAGUGCAUUGUCAAGUCUGGGCUUCAAGUUAGUCCAUAAGGACACUAAAAACAGCCACUUCUACUCCUUUGAAUUCAUAAAGACAGGAAAAGCACCUGUGAACGUGAAGAAAGUCAGUCUUCAACUUAAACCUUGUCUGUAUAAGAAACGAUAAAUGUACAUAAAGUAAUUUUUUUGCUUCUUUAUGUAUGGACUGUGUAUGAAAGGUUUAUGAGCAAUAAUUCAGUUUAACUCAAGGGUCAAAUCUCUUCUUAACAUUGUAUGUUUUGUAAAUCCAUGUAACAGGAAAGUGCAUUUUAUAAUGUGAUAUACAAAGAAUUUUGUCCUUUGUGAAAA